AUGAGCAACCCUGAAUUUCCUAAACUUGUACCUGAGCUUCAAGGCGAAACGCAAGAAAUUGCUAAACAAAAAUGCAAAAUAGCUGCAGAAAUUUUGAAUGGCCCUUGUAUCACAGAAGAUACUGCUUUGUGUUUCAAUGCCUUGAAUGGUUUGCCUGGUCCUUACAUUAAAUGGUUUCAAGAUAGCAUUGGUCAUGCUGGUCUUAACAAAAUGUUGGAUGGUUUUGAUGAUAGAUCUGCUUAUGCUCUCUGUACCUUUGGCUAUUGUGAAGGCCCAGGUCAUGAACCUGUCAUUUUUGAAGGCAGAACUAAUGGUAAAAUUGUAGCUGCACGCGGUCCAGGUACUUUUGGUUGGGAUGCCAUUUUCCAACCUGAUGGUUAUGAUCAAACUUAUGCUGAACUUGACAAGACUAUCAAAAACUCCAUUUCUCAUCGUGGAAAAGCAUUGGAUGUUUUGAGAAAGUAUUUUGAAGACAAAGAAUCCCAUUAA